AGCAUUACCCACCAUCCCUAAUUUCAUCUUUAAUAUAUCUGAGUCCUUGCUGAGGCAAUUGAGGAUCUUUCGAGGCAAAAGGACAAAGUUGUCAAUUCUGGAUAACAUCAGUGGGAUUAUUCGGCCUUCGAGAAUGACACUGCUUUUAGGCCCUCCAAGUUCGGGAAAGACAACUUUGCUCUUGGCUCUUGCUGGACGCCUUGGUUCUGCUUUGCAGAUGUCAGGGAAGAUUACAUACAACGGCCACGGUUUAAAUGAGUUUGUUCCACAAAGAACAUCAGCUUAUGUCAGUCAGCAAGAUUGGCAUGCUGGAGAAAUGACAGUAAGAGAAACUCUGGAAUUUUCAGGUCGUUGUCAAGGUGUUGGAAUAAAAUAUGAUAUGCUUACGGAACUUGCAAGAAGAGAAAAAGAUCUUGGAAUAAAGCCUGACGAAGAUCUUGAUAUAUUUAUGAAGGCAGUAUCACUAGAGGGCAAGCAAACUGGCCUUGUAGUGGAGUAUAUAUUGAAGAUUUUAGGGCUUGACAUCUGUGCUGACACGCUGGUGGGAGAUGAGAUGAUUAAAGGUAUCUCAGGAGGUCAAAAGAAGCGCCUUACCACUGGUGAAUUACUAGUUGGGCCGGCUAGGGUGUUAUUUAUGGAUGAGAUAUCAACUGGGCUUGACAGUUCAACUACUUACCAAAUAAUUAAACAUCUUAAAAACUCGACCCAUGCCCUUGAUGGAACUACAAUUAUAUCCUUGCUCCAACCAGCUCCUGAAACAUUUGAGUUAUUUGAUGAUAUUAUUCUCAUAUCUGAGGGCCAGAUUGUUUAUCAGGGACCUCGUGAGGCUGCUAUUCACUUCUUUGAAGCCAUGGGCUUUAGAUGUCCUGAACGGAAAAAUGUGGCAGACUUUUUGCAAGAGGUUACAUCUAAGAAAGAUCAGAGACAAUACUGGUAUGCUUAUGAUUGCCCAUACCAAUUUAUACCAGUGACGAAGUUUGUAGAGGCCUUUGCUUCCUUUCGUGUUGGCAAAAGACUGUCCGAGGAAUUGACCGUUCCAUACAAUAGAUGUCACAACCAUACUGCAGCUCUCUCAUAUUCUAGUUACGGUAUUAAAAGGUUUGAGCUUCUGAAGGCAAAUUUUGAUUGGCAGUUGUUACUGAUGAAACGGAACUCAUUUGUCUACAUCUUCAAAUUUGUUCAGCUUUUGCUUGUUGCGAUUAUUACAAUGACUGUAUUUUUCCGAACCACAAUGCAUCGUGAUACAGUAGAUGAUGGAAUAAUCUUUCUCGGGGCGCUAUAUUUUGCAUUAAUCAUGAUUCUUUUCAAUGGGUUUACUGAAGUUUCAUUGUUAAUGACAAAGCUUCCAGUGAUUUACAAGCAUAGGGACUUGCAUUUUUAUCCUCCCUGGACAUAUACACUUCCUUCUUGGAUUCUAAGCAUUCCAUCAUCACUUAUAGAGACUGCGAUAUGGGUGGGAGUAACAUACUAUGCUGUUGGAUAUGAUCCACAGAUAACAAGUUUCCUGGGGCAUUUCCUUUUACUUUUCAUUUUGCACCAGAUGUCUUUGGUGCUUUUCCGUGUUAUGGCAUCAUUGGGCAGGAAUAUGAUAGUUUCCAACACCUUUGGAUCUUUUGCAAUGUUGGUUGUCAUGAUUCUUGGAGGAUUUAUCAUUUCUAAAGAUAGCAUCCCAAGAUGGUGGAUUUGGGGAUACUGGAUUUCUCCUUUGAUGUAUGCGCAAAAUGCUGUUUCAGUCAAUGAGUUUCUGGGUCAUUCUUGGGCCAAGAAUGUUGAAAUGCUAAACAUGCCACUUGGACAUGUAGUACUGAAAGGAUAUGGCUUAGUUACUGAAAGAUAUUGGUACUGGAUUGGUGUCUGUGCUGUGUUUGGUUACACUGUCUUAUUAAACAUUCUAUUGACCUUGUUCUUGACUUACCUUAACCCUCUAGGGAGACCACAGGCAGUUAUUUCCAAAGAGGAACUGUCAAAGAGGAAUGGAAAGAGGAAGGAUGAUUCUCUUGUUGUUGAGUUAAGGUCUUAUUUUAGAUCAGAUUUAUUAACAGAAGCAAAUGACAAACCACAGCAGGGAAUGGUCUUGCCCUUCCAACCUCUUUCCAUGUGCUUCAGCGAUAUUAAUUAUUACGUGGAUGUGCCAGUGGAACUUAAACAGCAAGGGAUACUAGAGGAUAGGCUGCAAUUGCUGGUCAAUGUAACUGGGGCAUUCAGGCCUGGAGUGCUCACAGCACUUGUUGGAAUCAGUGGCGCUGGUAAAACCACUCUCAUGGAUGUUCUAGCUGGUAGAAAGACUGGAGGGUAUAUAGAAGGGAGCAUAACUAUUUCAGGCUACCCAAAAAACCAAGAAACUUUUGCAAGAGUCUCAGGAUACUGUGAGCAGACCGAUGUUCAUUCUCCUUGCCUGACUGUUGCGGAGUCACUAUUGUACUCUGCAUGGCUUCGUCUAAGCUCUAAUGUUGACUUGGACACUCGAAGGGCUUUUGUGGAAGAGGUGAUGGAACUUGUGGAACUCACAACAUUGGGUGGUGGUCUUGUUGGUUUACCAGGGGUUAAUGGGUUAUCUACAGAACAACGCAAAAGGCUGACAAUUGCUGUCGAACUUGUUGCCAAUCCUUCUAUUGUAUUUAUGGACGAACCCACUUCAGGUUUGGAUGCAAGAGCAGCAGCCAUUGUGAUGAGAGCUGUGAGGAACAUUGGGAAUACUGGGAGGACAAUUGUGUGCACUAUUCAUCAGCCAAGCAUUGACAUUUUUGAGUCUUUUGAUGAGCUUUUGUUCAUGAAGCGUGGAGGGAAACUUAUAUAUGCUGGUCCACUAGGCCCUAAUUCUUACAAACUAGUCGAAUUCUUUGAAGCAAUUCCUGGAGUUCCUAAAAUCAAGGAUGGUUCUAACCCAGCAGCAUGGAUGCUCGAAGUUACAUGCCCAGCAAUGGAAGCUCGUCUUGGUGUGGACUUUGCAGAAUACUAUCGUAAUUCUAAAUUAUUCCGACAGAAUAAGGACUUGGUUAAAACUUUAAGCAGACCAAACACUGAAGCAAAAGAGCUUACUUUUCCAACCAAGUACUCUCAAUCAUUUCUUUCCCAAUACUUCGCUUGCCUUUGGAAGCAGAAUCUGUCAUACUGGAGAAAUCCUCAAUAUACAGCUGUCCGUUUCUUCUACACUGUGAUAAUUUCUUUAAUGUUUGGAACAAUUUGCUGGAAUUUUGGCUCCAAAAGGGACUCUCAGCAGGAUGUCUUCAAUGCCAUGGGAUCCAUGUAUGCUGCUGUCCUCUUCAUUGGAAUUACUAACGCCACAGCUGUCCAACCUGUGAUGUCAAUUGAGAGGUUUGUGUCCUAUCGAGAGAGGGCAGCUGGAAUGUACUCGGCACUACCAUUUGCAUUUGCCCAGAGAAUACCUGGAUGGUGGAGAUGGUACUACUGGGCCAAUCCAGUGUCUUGGAGUCUAUAUGGCCUUCUGACUUCUCAAUUUGGGGACAUUGAUAAACCCAUGGUUCUUUCAGAUGGUGUUAACACAAAGACUAUAAAAGCAUUUCUUGAGGACCACUUCGGUUUCAAUCAUGAAUUCUUGGGUGUUGUAGGAAUCAUGGUGGUCGGUUUCUGCGUAUUAUUUGCUGUGAUUUUUGCUCUGGCCAUCAAAAUCCUUAACUUCCAACGAAGAUAGAAACGAGAACAGACUUGUAUAAUUUUUUCAAACAGACACUUGAUGUGUUUUGAGCUAUGGAGAAGGUCCUGCCGAGAGUAAACUGUAUAGUGGCAGCAAUUAUUCGUAAUGAGAUUGCCCAGUCCUAAAUUAAUUCCUUUUUCUUUUUACUAAGAGCUGCAGUUGCCACAGUCCUGUUUGUGUAAUUCUGUCCUAAAAAAAGAUGUGUACUUGUAGCAUACUUUCUCCCCCCCUCUUGAACUCAGUGAAAUCUAAAGGCAUGAAGAUAUGUAUUAUUUUGGGUUUGUAUGUACGCACCAAAAUAUUAAAUGAAGUUCUAUUGGCAUCA